AUGGAGAGAAGGGAAAUCAAACCCGAGGUGUUGUGCCGCGUGUGCGGGGACAGGGCUUCGGGCAAGCACUACGGCGUACCCUCCUGCGAUGGCUGCAGGGGAUUCUUCAAGAGGAGCAUACGCAGGAACCUCGACUACGUAUGUAAGGCGGGGGGUCGAUGCAUAGUGGACGUCAGUCGCAGGAACCAGUGUCAAGCUUGCCGCUUCUCUAAGUGUUUGCGAGUCAAUAUGAAGAAGGAAGCGGUACAACACGAACGAGCUAGACGUCCUUUCGUCCAACAACAAUAUUCUAUUCAGAAGGGCUACGAUUUUUCUAGACCGAAUGUAUUCCCCACCACACCUUUAGCAACAUUCACUCCCAUCCACUCCUACAACACUAUAGAUACGCGAACACCUACAUUCACAGAACAUACCUUUCAGGAUUUCUCACGAUAUCCAGACUUACCACCAGAUAUGAAUCCUUUAAUGCAAGCUAACUUGAAUACACUAAAUCCAUUCAAACUGCCGAUGUUUCCCACAUCCUUACACUAUCCGCAAGCCGCGUAUUUCCCGACAAAUAUUUUCUAUCCGCCCGUCGCUAUGGGGAACUCGGCGUUCUUAGAAGCAAGAAGCACUAAGCCUAUUAUUGAAGAUCUAAACACACAUAAAUUGCAUCAACACUUCAAGGAUAUUGAAACAAAACCUGAUUCCCAGUUAACUGGCAAAUUGAACGAGGACGAAGUGUCAAGCUCAGAGGAAGUGUUCAAGAGCAAUCCACCAGCUAUAACAAAUGAAGACGAGAGUGCGUCUGGUUCAUCAUUGGGAACAGAAGAUACUGUUCGCCACAACGAUCAUUUGAAACGCUUUGAACACAAAACGCUGGCUUCAAUGGCAACCGGGAUCCGCGACGGCUUGUACGAUCAUACCACUAAACUGCUGGUGCUCAGUGUCAAAUGGCUUCACAAUGUACCGGUCUUUUUGAAACUAAAGCCUAGAGACCAAAUGCAAUUGUUGUACAGUAACUGGAGGGAACUAUUUGUCCUAACAGCUUCGCAAUAUUCUUAUUAUUUUGAUGAAGAACACUUCAAAUCUCUGAUUAGUGUGAAGAAACCAAAUAUGAAAGAAUUAUUGGAAAAAUUAACAUCGCUUCUGAACAAGAUAGUGAAAACUCGUCUGGACAAUACAGAGUACGAUUGUCUCAAGAUCAUGCUUUUGUUUCGUAAAGAUACAUUGGAAUACCCAUCGUCGAGUCGAAUUGAAAAAUUUCAAGAAAAGGCGUUGACCGAUUUUCAAAAUCAUUGCACAUUGAAAGAUUCCGAUCGUCUUGGAAGAUUGAUGGUUCUCCUACCAAGUGUAUGCUUCAUCAGCACCCAAGGAAUCUUAGAGGAUUUGCUGUUUCCUGCAAUAGACAAGGAUGAAAUUCACGUCAUAUUGUCACGUAUACUAUUAUAUUCCGCCACUUAA